AUCAACCUUUUCUUUUUCUUUGAUUCAUGACUCUGUUCUUCAGAUUACAGUUUUUCAAGAGCUGAAUCGCUGGAAAACUAAAACUGAUCUUCGUCUGUAACCGCGUAUAGACACAGAGAAUAAAGUUUUGCCAUGGCAAAUACUUGGGGUGACGACAAGAUCCUCAGCUUCAACGAUGUUGUCCUCAGGAGAUCAGAUUUAGACAUCCUUAACGGACCCAAUUACUUAAACGACCGUGUCAUCGAGUUCUACCUAAGCUACUUAUCCACACUCCACACUUCCCCUACCAUCUCGCUAAUCCCUCCCUCCAUUGCCUUCUGGAUCUCAAACUGUCCCGACACUGAAUCACUCAAAGACUUCAUAAAACCGCUCAGAUUACUCGACAGCGACGAGCUAAACGACAACCUCAAUGUCGAGCUAGCAGAAGGCGGGUUACACUGGAGCUUACUUGUGUACUACAAAGAAACCAACUCGUUUUUCCAUCACGAUAGCUUUAUGGGAGCGAAUCAAUGGAAUGCGAGACAGCUCUACAAGGCGGUUUCUCCGUUUGUGUCUGAUGGGGAUGCUGCGUACAGAGAAUGCAGUGAUACACCGCAGCAGAAGAAUGGGUACGACUGUGGUGUGCACAUUCUUGCAACCGCUCAGGUUAUAUGCAAAUGGUUUAGCUCUGGUGGAAUGAAGAACCGGGAUGAGUUGUGGUUAGGUGAUGUAAAGCAGACUGUACCGAAUGUGGUUAACCAUUUGAGGGAUGAGAUAUUGGGGUUGAUCAGAAGGUUGAUGUCUGAGAUGGUUGUUGAAUGAGUUUUAACUUUUUACCGGAUCUAAUACAUUUGAUAUUUUCACCGGUUAUUGCUAUACUUUAAACCGAUGAAAGUGCUUAGAGCAUGUACAAUGGUGGAUUAUAGCAAAUCCUUAGCUAUAAUCCUUAGCACUUUAUCAUUAAACAAACAUUAAAAAAUGGUGCACAGUUAAGAAAAAUUAAGAAUGAAUCCUUAACUAAGGAUUAAAAGGAUGAAGUCCUUAAUGUGUUGGCGCUGUCUCAUUGGUUUGAGAUUAUUAAUUUUUUUUUAACUCUAACCAUGAUUCUUAAACCUGAUUAGUAAUUUUAUUUUUAACUCUAACCAUGAUUCUUAAACUUGAUUAGUAAUUUUUUUUAACUCUAACCAUGAUUCUUAAAUCUGAUUAGUAAUUCUUUUUAAACUCUAACCAUGAUUCUUAAAUCUGCUUAGUAAUUUUUUUUUAACUCUAACCACGAUUCUUAAACCUGAUUAGUAAUUUUUUUAACUCUAACCAUGAUACUUAAACCUGAUUAGUAAUUUUUUUAACUCUAACCAUGAUUUUUAAACCUGAUUAGUAAUUUUUUUUUAACUCUAACCAUGAUUCUUAAACCUGAUUAGUAAUUUUUUAACUCUAACCAUGAUUCUUAAACCUCAUUUGUAAUUUUUUUAACUCUAACCAUGAUUCUUAAACCUGAUUAGUAAUUUAUUUAACUCUAACCAUGAUUCUUAAACUUGAUUAGUAAUUUUUUUUAACUCUAACCAUGAUUCUUAAACCUGAUAAGUAAUUUUUUCAAAUUUCAAAUUAAAAAAAAUUCCUAAAAACUCCAUUUCGGAAUACACCAUUGGAGCUACAUUUCUGAUUAGAGUUAUUAACUAUUCAAAAAAAAAAAUAUAUUAUUUAAAUGAUAAGGAUUCCAAUGGUGGGUUACACCAUUGGAGUUGCUCUUAGUUGAACGUGUUUUGGUAAAUAAAAAUAAAAUUAUUCAAUUUUAAUGAAAAUAAUACAGAAUAUUGUUUCUAAAAUUCAAUAUGUAAUUAGGCCCAUAAUCUGGUGACUGUAGGCCCAAUAUCAUGCAGUAUGGUAAAGUUAUUACAGGCCCACGGUGGAAAACGAAACUUCUGAAAUAUUCCAUCACGCGACCCCAGUGAUGCGUCUACGUCACUACAUCAAAUAUUUUUAAAUGAUAAAUCCUACGAAACGAAAUUAUCAAAUGAAAAAUUCAUCUGUAGAUGAUGGGCUUGUUUUUAUUUUUGUCAAUACAGUGUGGUAAACUAGUAUAAUAAAAGUACCCAAAAAAAAACGUACAAAAUGUUGGAAAAACAAAACGUACGAAAUUAUUCGGUCAAUUCUCUUAAAUAAUCGUUUUUAAGUUUUUAUCAAAAAAAUAGCUCUAAAAAAAUAACUAAAAUAGCCUCUUUUUAUUUUGACAUUUUUAAUUGAGCAAUUCUCUCAAAUAACUAUUUUUAAGUUUUUAUCACAAAAAUAACAUUCAAAAAAUAAAAUGACCAAAAUAUCCCUUUUUGUUUUGAAAAUUUUAAUUUUAAUUUUUAAUUUUUAAAAUUUGAAAGUCAUCUACAAAACCCACCCCUUAUCUCUAAACAUUAAGUCAACAUUAGUUAACCCAGUGGGUAUAAAUACAUAUUUUACUUUUUAAUAAAACUUUUUUUUGGUCAUUUUCCUCCUUGAUAUGCUAUUUUUGUGAAAAUAAACAAAAAAUGAUAUCCAAAAAAAUUUAUCUUUUUAAUAUUUAUUUUUUAUUUUUUAAAAUUUGAAACUAUAUCCCAAAACUCUAAACCCUAAGUCUAGGAUUAGUUAACCCUGGAGUGAAAAUAUAUUUUUAUCCUUUAAUAAAACUUAUUUUGAUCAUUUUUUUUCAUUAAAACUAUUUUUUUACAAAAACUUAAAAAAGACUAUCCCAGAGAAUUUCUCAAAUUAUUUUGCUUUUUCUCACAAGUUAUAUUACAUUUUAAACUGAUUUUUUGUAACUAACUUAAAGCAUAUCAUAGUCAUAGUUUUGAAUAAACUAGGCAGAUAUAGAUGGAAGGAAACUUUCUAAAAAAGAACAGAAAAUGAUCAUAUUUUGAGUAAGAAGAGAACAUUAAAUACAUAAGACCAAUCACAACUUAAUGAAUGAAUAAAAAGAGUAUGGAUCAUGAAAAUCUAAUUGAUAAAAAAAAAAUCCGUUUUCUAAAAUCAAGAGAAAUUUUCACCAAAGUGGAAACAAACAAAAGAAAGCUCCAAAGAUUUAUUUUAAAAAUAAGGACAAGAGCUAAAAAAAAAAAAAA